AUAUAUAUAUAUACACACACAUAAACCAAAACUUUAUAUAACUAAUCUGAGAACCUCUCUGCAGAAAGAGCCAUAUAUCCGGCCGCCCAUUGAUGCUUCGAGCCAAAGUCUUUUAACCCAAACACACAAAGAUUGUCUCUUCUUCUUCUUCUUCUUUCUUUCUUCUAAAACUGAAAAUGAAAGGGGAGUCAGGGGGGAGUUUGGUUUGGAUUGGAAUAGCAACAGUGGUAGCAGUUGGGUUGUUUAUUUAUAAGAUGAGAAAAACGCAAAAGGAAAAGAAAGAUACAAAUAGAGGAAUUCCAAGAGGGAAUUCUGGUUGGCCUCUUUUAGGAGAAACUCUGGAAUUCAUAGCUUCUGGUUACACUUCUCGUCCUGUCAGUUUCAUGGAAAAACGCAAGUCUCUGUAUGGGAAGGUGUUCAAAACACACAUACUAGGGAAAGGAAUAAUAGUAUCAACGGAUGCAGAGGUGAACAAAGUGGUUCUACAGAAUAAUGGGGAUGUAUUCAUACCAUGUUAUCCUAAAUCAAUAACAGAAUUGUUUGGGAAGAAUUCAAUAUUGCAAAUGAAUGGACCAGUGCAUAGGAGAGUGCAUGGACUGAUUGGGAGCUUCUUAAAAUCAGCACAACUCAAGGCUCGUAUUACACGAGAUAUCGAAGCCUCCGUCCGCCAUUUCUUGUCGACAUGGCUGGAAAAUCAACACUGUGUCUACGUCCAAGAUGAAGCCAAAAAGAUUGCAUUUGAGGUACUGGUCAAGCUGAUUCUAAGCGUGGGCCCUGGGGAAGAAUUGAACUUGCUCAAGAAAGAAUUUGAAGAAUUCACCAAAGGCUUGAUUUGUUUGCCCAUCAAACUUCCCGGAACCACACUCUACAAAUCUUUAAAGGCCAAGGAAAGGUUAUCAAAAAUGGUAGGGAAGAUGGUAGAGGACAGAAAAUUAAGAAUGGAAACAAGGGAAGAGAAGGCGUUACCAAAUGAUGCAAUUGAUGUGCUUUUAGGAUAUGCUGAUGGGGCAAAGCAACCUCUGCCGCCGUCUGAUUUCAUCAGUGGGAAUUUGAUAGAGAUGAUGAUCCCAGGAGAAGAGACGGUACCAACGGCCAUGACCUUAGCUGUCAAAUUCUUAAGUGACAACCCCGUCGCUCUAGCUCGCUUGCUGGAGGAGAAUAUGGAAUUGAAGCGGCAGAAGAUUAGUUCCUCUGAGGAUUAUAGUUGGACAGAUUAUAUGUCAUUGCCCUUCACUCAGAAUGUUAUCAGUGAAACGUUGAGAUUGGCAAAUAUCAUUAAUGCAGUUUGGAGAAAAGCUCUCAAGGAUGUCAAAAUCAAAGGGCAUUUGAUACCAAAAGGGUGGUGUGUUUUGGCAUCCUUCACUUCAGUUCACAUGGAUGAAGAGAAUUAUGAAAAUCCAUACAAUUUUGAUCCCUGCAGAUGGGAGAAGGUUGGAAUUGCUGUGACCAGCAGCACAUUUACACCAUUUGGUGGAGGACAGAGGCUUUGUCCUGGUUUAGAACUUUCAAGGCUUGAAAUCUCCAUUUUCCUCCACCAUCUCGUCACCACCUACAGAUGGGUGGCAGAGAAGGAUGAGAUUGUCUAUUUCCCAACAGUGAAGAUGAAGAGCAAGCUGCCUAUCAACAUCAUGCCCUUUGAGCAAAACCCACUAAUUCAAACCAAACAAAACUAACUUCCCCUAUAAAGUUGUUCUUUUGUUAUUUCACCCUUUCCCCAGCAGCUCAACAUGCUUCUCUACUAUUUAUGAAACCCACAUUUCUCUUCCUUUAUUAUUAUCUCAAUCAAAAAUAUAUAUCUAUAUGUUAAGGUAGCAAACCAAGUAAAAAAAUAAAUUUAACAUUAUUUUGAUAAGAUAGAACAUUGAAGGGACGGAUUAAUUGUUAGCUCAAGUGUCAUUGUCUUCUAGAUUGAUGGGUCCUAUUUUCUUA